AGACAGAACCCUCUCGAGGUUAUGUCACAAGAGGAGCUCUUUCUGCGGUUCCGUUUCCGUGCUGAGAGUAUUUUAUUUAUUGUUUCACUUGUUUGCGGGAAACUCGAACGGUGUUCAAACCGAAGCAACCCACUACCUGUCUUAACGCAAGUUCUAGUCACUCUGCGUUUCUUGGCCACUGGGUCUUUUUAUUCAUUAAUCGCCGAUACGUAUGCGACCAUCUCCACCUCAUCUGUAUUUCGGUCAGUCAGGGAUGUAUGCUCUUGUCUCAUUGAACAUCUCCGGCAUUUCAUACGUAUGCCAAGCGGACAAGAUGCCGACAUGACCAAGAAACAGUUCUUUCAAAUUGCAGGAUUCCCCAAUGUUCUGGGAUGUGUGGAUGGAACAUUCAUCCGUUUAAUGGCACCAUCUGAGAAUGAAGCAGACUAUUUGAACAGGAAAGGCUUUCAUUCACUCAAUGUUCAGAUGAUAUGUGAUGCGAGAUACAAAUUCAUCAACUGUGUUGCAAAGUGGCCAGGGAGUGUCCAUGAUAGUCGCAUCUUCAGAGACAGCAGAAUCAGCAUUAUGUUUGAAAAUGGUACCUACAAGGGAUUACUGUUGGGAGACUCAGGAUAUCCAUGCAAGUCCUACUUGAUGACACCAUUCCUAACCACAUCAUCCCAUGCUGAAGAGAAAUAUAACAGAAGUCACAGUAGAACCAGAGUUUUGAUUGAGCAGAGUUUUGGAAUUUUGAAAAGGAGAUUUUCUUGUUUACAUAGUGGAUUAAGGACAACACCUCAAAAUGCCUGCAAAAUAGUAACUGCUUGUGUCAUUCUACAUAAUAUUGGCAUUGAUAGAAAAGAUAUAAUAGAUGUUGAACAGGUUGAUAUUGAGACCAAUCAAAAUGUCAGUGUCCAUAUAGCUGAUGACUGGACUGGUAACAAUGUUCGAAAACACUUGUGUCAGCAGUGUUUUAGUUAG